AUGCUAGCGUUGUUGCAGAACCUCGAAAAUCCUUUAGCUAUGUACAAGACACCCGUGGGAAGCGCCAAGUUCACCGAGAAAUCCGGAACGAUAGUGUCGAAGAGUUGUCCGAUUUGUAAGGGAAGUUGUCCGAAUGCUACGAAAUGUAAGCGAUUUCAGGAGCUCUCGUAUGAAGCACGCCGGGCUGCGGUUCGCGAAUUCAGAAUUUGUCGUAAGUGUUUGCGACAGCAUGGAGGAAACUGCAACAGUAAACCAUGCGGUGUCGACGGAUGUACGUUCAAGCACAAUGCACUUCUACACAAGUACCUCGUUGUGCCGAAUGAGAGGGAAGAAUUGUUCCGCUACUUGCCGGUUACACUGUUUGGGUCGAGCAAGCAGGUGGAGUGCUACGCCUUUCUGGACGAUGGAUCCGAGUUGACGCUGUUAGACGAACAAAUUGCCUGUGACCUAGAACUGUCAGGAGAGUCGAAACCGCUGUGUCUUAGGUGGACAGGAGGAACUCAUCGCUUCGAAGAAAAAUCGCGGAAGGUGGAUGUCGGAAUAUCCGGAUCGAAAGGGGAAAGAUUUGACCUUACUGACGUGCGAACGGUCGACGCACUUGAACUACCACUGCAGAGCUUAAACGUCGAUGAGUUGAAGGCAAAGUACAAACACCUGGAAUGGAUUCAAGUUGAGUCUUACAAUCUCGUGAGGCCUAGAAUUCUAAUUGGUUUGAAACAUGCCAACGUUUCCUUGGUUCGACGUUGUCGUGAAGGAAAGUUGGGUGAGCCCAUUGCCGUAAAAACUCACUUGGGCUGGACGAUUUUCGGAGGCUGUUCGUCGCAGGGGUCAGCUACCGACGGGAAGUACACUUACCACAUUUGUGCGUGUAAUCUGCAGAGCGACGAUCGAAUUCACCAAGAAGUUAAACAGUACUUUGGCCUAGAUAGCUUGGGAAUCAUGUCGCCGCCGUCCGAUGACCAUUCAAAUUCUAACUGUCUCCAAAGGCGUCUAUCAAGAGACGAUGAUCUUAAGCGUGCCUUCACUUAUAAGUUGGCAGAAUACCAAACCAAAGGCUAUGUAAGGAAGGUUAACCCAGAGGAACUCGUUCAUAAACAGGGGCAGACACGGUGUCUUCCCACUUUCCCGGUGAUAAAUCCCAACAAACCUGGGAAAAUCAGGGUCGUGUGGGAUGCAGCCGCUUCCGUGCAUGGAGUAUGCCUCAACUCCGUUUUGCUCACAGGACCGGAUAUGAUGACCUCUUUGGUAUCAGUUCUGCUACAAUUCCGAGAACAUCGUAUCGCUAUAUGUGGAGAUAUUCGCGAGAUGUUUCUCCAGAUAGGAAUUCGACCCACCGAUCAGUUCUAUCAACUCUUUCUGUGGUGGGAUGAUACUGAACAGCAAGAGCCGAGCACGUUCGUCGUUGAAGUCAUGAUUUUUGGAGCACGUUCAUCGCCAACCACGGCACAGUUCGUGAAAAAUCAUAACGCUCAGCGUUUCGAAGCAGAGUAUCCAGCAGCAGCCGUCGCUAUAAUUAAUAACCACUAUGUGGACGACAUGCUUGCAAGCACUGAGACGGAAGAAGAAGCCAUUGAACUCGCGAAGGCCGUGAAAUUCAUCCACGCCCAAGGAGGCUUUGAAAUACGGAAUUGGACUUCCAACUCCUGUAGAGUUCUGAAAGCCUUGAACGAAGAACCUACUGAAGAGAAGAAUCUAAACUUAUCAGCAGAGAUGGCGACGGAGAACGUUUUGGGGAUGUGGUGGAACACAUCGACGGAUUGUUUCAUGUUCAAGAUUUGCUAUCGACGUUUCGAUGCUGCGCUAUUUGAUGGGAGUCGAGCUCCAACCAAGCGAGAAUUGCUUCGCAUCAUAAUGACAGUUUUUGACCCGCUCGGUCUCAUAUCGCAUUUCUUGAUGAUUCUCAAGGUUACUCUUCAGGAAGUAUGGCGUAUCGGAUUGAAAUGGGAUGAGCAAAUAACUGGAAAGCAGUUCGAAAGUUGGAAAUCCUGGGUUAAAUUGCUGCCGAAACUGGAAGACAUUCAAAUUCCUAGAUGUUUUCAUCACGCGACAUCGAUCGCGGAUCAAACCCGAAUCCAGAUGCAUACGUUCGUAGAUGCAGGUGAAAACGGUAUGGCAGCGGUAGUAUAUCUGCGCUUCGAGGAAGAUGGUUUAGUAGAGUGCGUAUUGGUUGUUGCGAAAACACGCGUAACUCCUCUAAGAUACCUGUCGAUCCCACGAUCGGAACUCCAGGCAGCGGUCAUCGGAACGAGGCUAGCUAAUACUGUAAUUAAGUCACUUUCCCUUCGGAUAUCACAGCGCUAUUUCUGGUGCGACUCCCGAAAUGUUCUGUGCUGGCUGCGAUCCGACCACCGUCGAUACAGCCAGUAUGUGGCCACUCGAAUUAGUGAAGUGCUAGACACUACGGAAAUUGAUGAGUGGCAUUGGAUUCAGUCGGAGUGGAACCUUGCCGACGACGGUACAAAAUGGACAGGACAGGUGGAGCUGAAAAUUGAAGAUCGCUGGUUUCUGGGGCCGGGAUUUUUGAAAGGACCGGAGGAAAGCUGGCCAAAACGCAGUUUUAUUAGGGAAACAACUGAUGAAGAGAUUCGGUCAAGCGCACUGUUCCAUGGUAAAAAUGCAGAACCGGUUGUUAUGGCAAAUAACUAUUCACGAUGGAUGCAUCUAGUGAGAGUAACAGCAUAUGUACAACGCUUCGUGGAUAACGUUCAGUCCAAGCGAAAGAAAAUACCACAGCGUAGCGGACCACUAACGAACGACGAACUUCGACGGGCUCAGGAAUACCACUUUCACCAGGCACAGCGAGAUGCUUACGCAGAGGAGCUAAGGCUGUUGGUAGGUUCUAAUAACGAGGGGGAACGAAUAACGCAGGUUACAAGUAGCAGCAAGAUUCACAAGCUGAGCCCCUUUUUGGACCCGGCAAAUAUUUUACGAAUGAACAGCAGGGCCGCGAAAUGUAUAUUCCUAUUUCCAGAUGAAAAGUACCCAAUCAUACUACCCGAUGAUCAUCCCGUCACUCAUUUGGUGCUCGCCGAUUUUCAUGAAAGGACAAAUUUUGUUGGUGCUUCCAAAGAAUUGCAUGAGACUGUCCGUGCUUUAGAUAAACACCAGCUGUCGAAGGAGUUCACUACAGCUUCGACGUCCUGGCGUUUCAAUCCGCCCGCUACCCCCCACAUGGGUGGCAGCUGGGAGAGACUUGUCCCAUCGGUAAAGCGGAAUCUGACGGAAAUCCUCAGAAGUAGACGCCCAACAGACGAGGAGCUGCGUAGUGCAUUGACCCUGAUUGAAGGCGUACUCAACAGUCGCCCCUUGACAGAGGUUCCCGUAGAUAACGAGUCCGAACCAGCGCUCACACCCAACCAUUUCUUAUUGGGUUCAUCGGAUGGUUCGAAGCCUUUCACACUGUGUGACGACAAUGUACAAACCGUGCGUCGUGGAUGGCAGGUUUCACAGGUUAUGGCGAACGCUUUCUGGAAACGCUGGUUGCGGAACUAUUUACCUGAAAUUACCAAAAGGUCAAAAUGGUUCAAAAAAGUAAAACCUAUUUCCGUAGGGGACAUAGUGGUUAUUUGGGGUCCUGAACAUCCACGAAAUUGCUGGCCGAAAGGCAAGGUAAUUUGUAUCGUGGAGAAGGGAGGUCAGGUACGCAGAGCUACGGUCCAAACCUCAAGAGGAGUUUACGAACGCCCAGCCGUUAAAUUAGCCGUUCUCGAUAUCUGGAGCGAAAGUGUGUAG